AUGGGGUAUGGGCAAAUUCUCCACCGGCGUGGGAAUGAGGAGGACCAGGUCCACCUCAACGUGGGAGGAGUACGACAUGAAGUGGAUCCCAGCAUGCUGCAACGCUUCCCUCACACACGCCUAGCACGUCUCCUCUGCUGUCAGAGCGAGGCGGCAAUCCUGGAGCUGUGCGAUGACUACAUCCAGGACGAGGAGGAGUACUACUUCGACAGGAAUCCCCGGGUCUUCCUGUGCGUGCUCAACUUCUACCAAACGGGACGUAUCCACAUGAUGGAAGAGGUGUGCGUUUUCUCCUUCAGCCAGGAGAUCGAGUACUGGGGCAUCCAGGAGGUCUACCUGAGCCCCUGCUGUAACAACUGGUACCACGAGAGGAAGGGCUACAUCGAGGACAGGGACUGGGACAUCAGGAGUGACGACAUGCAGCAGCCAAGCUGCAACUCGUCCUUAGAGGAGCUCUCUGCUCUCGAUAAAGACCUGGAGAAGUUCAAAGGUGUCUGGUGUGGAGAGCUGAGGAGCUACAUUUGGCUCAGGAUGGAGGAUCCCGGUCACUCCACGGCCUCCAAAGUCAUCGCCGUGGCCUCCCUCAGCGUGGUCUUGACCUCUAUUGUUGCCAUGUGUGUCCACAGCAUGCCUGAGUUCCAGCGUGUGGACGAAAAUGACAGGCUCAUCGAGGACCCCGUCCUCUCCAUCCUGGAGGUCAUCUGCAUUAUCUGCUUUUCCACAGAGUUCAUCGUCAGGCUGAUUGUUGCACCCUCUCGCAGGAAGUUCCUCUCAAACCCCCUGAACAUCAUAGACGUCGCUUCCAUUUUGCCAUUUUACGCCACUUUAGCUCUGGAGACAGCGGACGAGGAGGCCGCGGAGGAGAACGAGGACCUAGAGAACGUUGGGAAAGUGGUGCAGGUUCUGCGUCUCAUGCGGGUUCUCCGAAUCCUCAAACUGGCUCGUCACUCCAUCGGGUUGCGAGCGUUGGGUGCCACCGUCCGACACAGCUACAACGAGGUGGGUCUUCUUCUGCUCUUCCUCUCGGUGGGCAUCUCCAUCUUCUCUGCCCUGAUCUACUUUGCGGAGAAGGAAGAUGGGUCCUCAGAUUUGGGGACCAUCCCUUCAGGCUGGUGGUGGGCGACCAUCACCAUGACCACAGUCGGUUAUGGUGACACCUGCCCAGUGACGUUUCCAGGGAAGAUAGUGGCGACCUUGUGUAUCAUCUGUGGCUUGUUAGUGGUGGCUCUGCCCGUCACUAUCAUCUUCAAUAAGUUUUCAAAGUACUAUCAAAGAAAUAAAGCCAUGGAUGGACAAGGUAUCACUAAGCCGGUCAGAAAGGACCCAGAACUCCCUAAUUAUAACAUCAGAGACCUGUUCACAGACAGCGUGUAUCCCUUCAUUGGAAGUAUCACCUUCAGGAACAGUGUGAGCAGUGCAGGGGACGAUACAGAUGCCUCCAGUCUCCAGGACAUCGAGGUUUAUGAAAAUGACACUUGUGAAAAUUAG